AUGGAUAUAGUGCAUCGUCUGCAUUAUUUAGUGCUGUCCCAAAAGUCAGAUCUUAUGACUAUGGAACAAAGAACGCGCGUGAGACGCCAGUCGAGUCUGCCAGACGCGAACAAAACCCGUCAACGACUGGAACAGGCCUAUUUUAAUGACAGAGAACUGUUCGCUGCGAAGGCGGAGAGCGGCGCUGUAGAUCGAAAGCUAUCAUCUUCAUCAGCCGGCAGCAUGAAGAACAAGUGGCUCAAAGCGUUUAGGAGCUUGAAGCCUCCUAGCGCACCACCACCCCACGCAGCACCAGAUAAGAGGAACGGAGCCUCGCGCGAUGCGAUGCGAGGUGUGGAUUCUGAAGCUCACAAUUUUCAAGAGUACACUUACAAGAAAAUCACACCCUGUGACGUCUGCUCGCAAGUCCUACGAGGCCACACUCGUCAAGGGCUCCGAUGCCGAAUGUGUAAGAUGAACGUGCACACAGACUGUAUGCCUCAGGUCGGGAAAUGUCAAACUAAAUCUCGACUCCUGCGCCGGCAGAAGAGCACCUCAGAGAUUGAGGCUCACAGGGUUCAAGAUCCAGGGUAUGAUGAAGAAAGAGGGGAUAGCGGGUGGCUGCGCGGACAGAGGCUAGCAAUGUGUUUCAAAAGAUCAGUCAAUAUCGAUGAUGGUUUUGAUGGCUACUACGAGGAGGAGGAAGUGGAUCAGACGUAUCAAGUACUGAAGCGCGCCAACGAAAUUGCGAAGCCGGGCGGGGGGCCCGUAGUGCGCGUGUCGGCGCCCGAGGAGCCCCCGCCGACGCGCUCUCCGGCGCGCCCCUCCACCGGCCUGGCUGUGGCGCCCCAACAGAUCUCCUCCAGCUCAGGUCUGGUGCCGCACCUGGGCGUACGCUUCUCCGCUCGAUCGCGUAGGCCGCCGACUGUGGCUCGGCGUCACCGAGCGACGGCCGACCGGCAGCUUCAUUAA